AUGUACAUUUGCGUGAAAGAAGUGCAACAACACGAAAGGGAGAUUUUCAACACAUACAUAGCAAAAUGCAAUGUCAUUUACGCCAGUUACAUAAUCGUCGCUUACAUGACGACGUCCAUUUAUGUGCUGGGGCCUACAUUAUUUCCAAUGAUCAACGUAGUGUCCGUCACGGAAUAUCCAUUCGACACUAAUCGCACGUCAAUAAAUAUAAUCGUACGUGUGCAUCAAAUCGUCGCGUGCUAUCAACGCUGCUCGCACGUGUGUAUGUGCAUGUUCGGAGGAUUUCUGAUUUGGUUCACCGCAGCGAGGUUCGAGUGUUUGACUGCAGAGCUGAAAAAUAACACGAAUGAUCGUACGUUGAUCGUGUGCAUUCAGAAACAGUUACGAUUAAAGAGAUUCCAAAAUAUUGACGAAAAUCCGGGAAACAGUGGACCUAACGAUACACUUGCAUUCACUGCACGUGCAACUUGUAUUUUCCUUCAGAUACGCGGAAGAUGUGAUUACUUGUUUUCGUUUCACGGUACUCUUUGUUGUAGCGUUAUGCUCAUUCCUCAUGACAAUAUGCGCCGUCGCAAUGGUCACGAGCUUGGGCCUCUCCAGAAGCGUGUACGAUUUAACGUGGUACGAACAAACGCUGGGAAUGCAGAAGAACAUACUGUACGUGAUGACGUAUCAGAAACCAAUAACCCUUUCUGUCAAAUGUGUGAUAUCAGAACUCUCUCUGCACUAUUACUGCACGGUAAGAUUGCCAAACGUCGAAGGAUUAGUUUCAAUGAGGACCACUUUUCUAAUAGUUUUAAUAUUAACUCAGAUGUAAUCGAAAUCCAACGCUUUCAUUAACUAUAGAAAAUGUUGAUAAAUCCUGGACUUACUCUACAACAUGACACGUGUAAUUAAUUAUGGAAUCUCGAGGAUUCCAGUUUUCGUUCGUGGUGCUCUAAAUUCGAUAUGUUUCCGAGAUUAUGUUGGAAUCUUCCGGGACCAAUAUUUUUCACUUCUAUACUUGUAUAUGAACUUUUCUAUUUUACUAUCUUUUUUAAUUGAAUCAUUGAAGCUGACCUUAUCGUUACAAAUCCUUCGAUCGUGAUAAACGAGUUGAUCAAUGGUAAUUUAUAGAUAACAGGUCGAUAACGUUUCAGUAUUUGUCGAAUGCUCUCUCUAUGUGUACUGCUUUUCGUGCCAUAUUAGAAAAGAUGACAGAAUAA